CAUCCUAUAAGGUUUGGACUAUCUGUCGGCUAUCUCGCUCGUUCAAGCAGGUCGCCUCAGAGCAGGUGCGCUUCGCAUCGCGGGAGAUCUGCCAGGAGGAUCUUGGAUAUGUCUUCUUGCCAGAAAGUCAUCAGAAUGUUUUGAAAUUUGAAAAGGAAGAGAAAAAAAUGUGAGAUUGGCUUUUCAAACUUGACUCGAAUUUGCUGGGAUAACCGCGCCACUUGUGCACGGGUGUGUGUGCGCUAAACAGGUUGCCAGUGAUUUCGCGGCUUCUUUUGGGAGACUGCUAUGCGCUGAUGCUGAAUAACUACAAGGGACCCAUCCGUCUUGAGGAGUAGAAGGUGCGCCGCGCAUCACCUUAUUCUGCUUGGAGAGGCGCAUCCACCGACCACCGACCACCGCAGUCCGCGCAUGAAACUGAGCAUUUCUUCGAAUGGAAAGUUAAAUGUCCGUAAAAGGCACUGCCUGAUGCGAGAAGGCUCUGCCACUUACCUUUGACUGCUGUCACUGUCGACCCCCGAAACGGCUGUAUUUUCGAUGGGAGAGGUAUUUUUUUGACACCAGCCUCCCGCCGGAUCACUGCUAUGACCAAUACGGACGCCGUUUUAUUGGAGUUAAUGUCCAUGCGAGAAUAGAAAGGAUUUGUAGCGGAGAUGUGCGACAGCAAGAUUCGAUAGCGGGUAACCCACACACUCAGAUCCGCGGAAGAAGAGGGUCGAGCCUGGCUGCCACUUGGCUUCAAAUGUAUGGUCCCACGAAACCAAUUCUCUGCUCACGUUGCAUGGAGAUCGCUGUUUGAGUGCACCGAGGCUGCUGCUGGGAGAAUAACUGUAUCGCCAUCGCCAUGGACCUGAAGGAUUUUUAUCUGCUGGCUGCCCUGGUAGCCUGCUUUUGGCUGGACCCAGCCAUAGCGCAAGAACUCAUCUACCCCAUUCGGGAAGAGCUGCAGGAGAAUGUGCUGAUUGGAAACAUACCAAAGGACCUGAACAUCUCUCACACUAACCCCACCACCGGAGCCAGCGCUAACCUGGUGUACCGGCUGGUGUCGAAAGCCGGGGACAACCCUCUGCUGAGGGUGGUGAGCAACACGGGGGAGAUUUUCACCACCUCCAACCGCAUCGACCGGGAGAAGCUGUGCCCGGGCUCGUCCUACGAGGAGAGCGAGUGCGCGUUCGAGAUCGAGGUGGUCAUCCUGCCCAACGACUACUUUCGGCUCAUCAAGAUCAAGAUUGUCGUCAAGGACACCAAUGACAACGCGCCGAUGUUUCCCUCGCCGGUCAUCAACAUCUCCAUCCCGGAGAACACGCUCAUCAACAGUCGCUUCGCCAUCCCCUCGGCGACGGACCCGGACACGGGACCCAACAGCGUGCACAAGUACGAGCUGGUCAAUGGCCAGAGUGCCUUCGGGCUGGACAUCGUGGAGACGCCCGAGGGCGAGAAGUGGCCGCAGCUUAUCGUGCAGCAGAACCUGGACCGCGAGCAGAAGGACACGUACGUCAUGAAGAUCAAGGUGGAGGACGGCGGCAACCCGCAAAAGUCCAGCACGGCCAUCCUGCAGGUGACGGUGACGGACGUCAAUGACAACCGGCCCGUUUUCAAGGAGAGCCAGAUCGAGGUGCACAUCCCGGAGAACUCCCCCAUAGGGACCUCUGUGAUCCAGCUCCUGGCCAGCGACGCGGACAUCGGUGCCAACGCCGAGAUCAGAUAUAUGUUUGGCACGCAGGUGUCCCCUGCCACCAAGAGGCUCUUUGCCCUGAACUCCACCUCUGGCCUCAUCACGGUGCAGAGGCCGCUGGACCGCGAGGAGACGGGCAUACACAAGCUGGCCGUGCUGGCCAGUGACGGCAGCUCCAGCCCCGCCAGGGCCACGGUGACCAUCAAUGUCACUGACGUCAAUGACAACCCCCCAAACAUUGACCUCAGAUACAUCAUUAGCCCCAUUAAUGGCACCGUGCGGCUGUCGGAGAAAGACCCGAUUAACACAAAAAUCGCCCUCAUUACGGUGUCGGAUAAGGACACAGACGUAAACGGCAAAGUCAUCUGCUUCAUUGAGAAAGACGUGCCGUUUCACCUCAAGGCCGUCUACGACAACCAGUACUUGCUGGAGACCUCAGCACUGCUGGACUACGAAGGCACCAAGGAGUACAACUUCAAAAUAGUGGCGUCUGACUCGGGCAAGCCGAGCUUGAAUCAGACAGCGCUGGUGAGGGUGAGGAUAGAGGAUGAAAACGAUAACCCCCCUAUAUUUAGCCAGCCUGUCAUUGAGCUGACUGUGAAGGAGAACAACAAGAGGGACUUAUUUCUCACCACCCUCAGUGCCACAGAUGAGGACAGUGGUAAAAAUGCAGAGAUUGUUUACCAGCUCGGCCCCAACGCAUCGUUCUUUGACCUGGACCGUAAAACAGGUCAGCUGACAGCGUCCAGGGUGUUUGACCGCGAGGACCAGGAGCGGUACCUGUUUACCGUGACGGCGAGAGACAAUGGCACGCCUCCUCUUCAGAGCCAAGCUGCCGUGAUCGUCACUGUGUUAGACGAGAACGACAACAGCCCCAAAUUUACCCACAACCACUUUCAGUUCUUUGUCUCGGAGAACUUGCCCAAAUACAGCACGGUUGGAGUGAUCACUGUCACAGAUGCAGACGCAGGGGAAAAUGCAGAAGUGUCACUGUCCAUCCUUAAUGACAAUGAAAACUUCAUCCUUGACCCUAACAGUGGAGUUAUUAAGUCCAACGUGUCCUUUGACCGUGAGCAACAGAGCUCAUACACAUUCGACGUGAGGGCUGUGGACAAUGGCCGCCCUCCCUGCUCCUCCGCUGCCAAGGUAACCAUCAACGUCAUCGACGUCAAUGACAAUGUGCCCGUUGUGCUCUCACCGCAGUCCAACACCUCAUUCAAACUGGUGCCUCUCUCGGCCAUCCCAGGGUCAGUAGUAGCCGAGGUGUUUGCUGUGGAUGGGGACACAGGCAUGAACGCAGAGCUCAAGUACACCAUCGUCAGUGGGAACAACAAGGGCCUGUUUCGAAUCGACCCAGUGACAGGCAAUAUUACACUUGAGGAAAAGCCCACAGUGUCAGACAUAGGGCUACACAGGCUGGUGGUGAACAUCAGUGACCUGGGCUACCCACGGUCCCUGCACACACUAGUGCUGGUUUUCCUCUAUGUCAAUGACACAGUGGGGAAUUCCAGCUACAUCUAUGAGCUCAUAAGACGCAAAAUCGAGACGCCCAUCGACCGCCCCAUCGGCGACAUGGGUGAGACCUACCAGAGCGGUGACUACCUCACCAUCAUGAUCGCCAUCGUGGCGGGCGCCAUGGUGGUGAUCGUGGUGAUCUUCGUCACCAUCCUGGUGCGCUGCCGGCACGCGUCACGCUUCAAGGCCGCGCAGCGCAAAAAGCAGGGCGCUGAGUGGAUGUCGCCCAACACGGAGAACAAGCAGAACAAGAAGAAGAAGCGCAAGAAGAGGAAGUCCCCGAAAAGCUCGCUGCUGAACUUUGUCACCAUCGAGGAGAACAAGCCGGACGACCCGGCACACGAGCCCAUCAACGGCACCAUCAGCCUGCCCGCCGAGCUCGAGGAGCCCAGCAUCGGCCGCUUCGACUGGAACACCGCGAACACGGCGCCCACCACCACCUUCAAGCCCAACAGUCCGGACCUGGCCCGGCACUACAAGUCCGCCUCGCCGCAGUCCGCCUUCCACCUCAAGGCCGACACGCCGGUCUCGGUCAAGAAGCACCACGUCAUCCAGGAGCUGCCGCUGGACAACACCUUCGUCGGCGGCUGCGACACGCUCUCCAAGCGCUCCUCCACCAGCUCCGACCACUUCAGUGCCUCGGAGUGCAGCUCCCAGGGAGGCUUCAAGACAAAGGGGGGCCCCUUGCACACCACCAGACAGUCGCAACGUCGUGUCACGUUUCACCUGCCCGACGGUUCCCAGGAAAGCUGCAGUGACAGUGGCCUAGGGGACCAUGAGCCCGUGGGCAGUGCCCCCCUGCUGCCCUCACACCCUCUCCCUCUGGUGCAGGCUCAGGACCAGUUCUACGAGCAGGCCUCCCCGGACAAGAGGACCGAAGCUGACGGCAACUCCGACCCCAACUCCGACGGGCCCCUGGGACCACGCGGACUGGUGGAAGCCACAGAGAUGUGCACCCAGGAAUGUCUGGUCCUCGGCCACUCAGACAACUGCUGGAUGCCACCGAGUUUGGGCUCCUUCCAGUCCCCCAAGUCACCCGUCUCCUCUUUCGGCCACGAGAAGGACUGGUCCAAAGAUAAGCUGCUCAACGGCCACACCCUGACGCGCAGCUGGAAAAACGAGGGUGGGCGGGACCAGUUCGGCAGCGAACGCAAGCAGUUUGGCAGCUCGGAGGGACACUUCAAUGGCAGCGGCCACAUGGCUGACAUUCCACUGGCCAGCCUGAAGACCUAUCAGCCGUCCUGUGGCACCGACAGCCCCAAGGAGCAGCAGCUAUAAGGGUGGACCUCUCCCAGGGAGAGAGUGGGGGGGAAGGUUCCUGGAGAUCUGUCCAGCUGCCUCACCCGUGUAGAUCCAUAGUGUGUUUGGCUUUCUUUUCUUGCCCAUAGUCAUUGGGGAGUACUUUGUCAUUUUUUAUUACUCCCUGCUCCCUACUCUCUCCCCUCGUUCUCUUGUUUUUUUGGGCUCUUGGUUGGUUCUUGUUUUUUUUUUUCCUACUGUUUCUUCAGGUGGACGCUAGCAGCUCUGUGAUAGUCGCCGUGUGUGGAAUUUUAGACCGCUAAGUUAGAAAAAUUGUGCUUGCGCUGGAAAGUAUACUAUGCGACUUCUUCG